CUUGAAAAAGGAGGGGUAUUUGAGGUGGUGAGAGUUAAGUUUACCUCUUCGAUUAUUGAGCACAGACGGUGCGUUUUGAAUGACCUUUUGGCAAUGCCAUGGAGGAUCCGCGAUCUGUAUCGGAAGAAAUCUUCUGAACUUUUGAACUUGUUUAGGACGGCUGGCACUUUCGGGAGAAAAGCGACACGGAACCUCUUGAAGGUUAGGAUAAAUAAGGCCAUUCGGGCCGUCUUUGGGGUGGAAGUAAGGAAGAGACCAUGUGUGAGAUUGUCGUUCUCGACCGGAGUUAAGACACGGGAAGUGAGGGAAGCUACUGCUCGAGUUCUUCGCGAUAGGAUCACGGAUUCAUGCCUUGGGAGUUAUGUGGCAGGGAGGGUGAGAGUUGUCCAUAAGAAGAGGAAGACGGUAGGACAGUUUCUUCACAAUCACUGGUCUUGCGCCAGGGUGAAGGAGGUCGUUUGCACGUGUACCAAUACUGAUUUUCCGAAAGUUGAUGGGCACGUAAAGGUAAGGCUGGACGAAGUGCCGGGAAUUCCUGAGUUUCUGAAGAAUGCUCGUAACGUGACAUGGGGAGAAGAUAUCGGUGUCGCCGAUUUGAAGGAAUACAUAGCCAAAGACGUGAGAUCGUGGGGUAGCAACGUUCCGGUUAGAAUUGAGGACAAAGAGUUGGCCGGGUGUUAUGCGCAAGGGGUUCCUGCGGAGAGAAGAGCGCUGGGCGGCGAGGAAGUGAAGAAUGCGUCGGCGAUGUUCGCGCAUCUCGUUGCUGUACCGAUUUAUCGGCUACCGACCAAGGAAGGACACGUGAGUACGAGGUUUUCUGAUCUGAACGGCAUACCCGAUUUUGUGAAAAAUGCGAAGAAUGUAACUCGGCAUGAGAGCAUGACGGAGGACGGUCCGGUGGUGCAAGCCAUUUUGGAGGCUACGAAUCAUCUGAAGAGCAGAAUUGAGGACGUCAAGGUGCCGGAGGGAGGUUUUUUAUGUGGAAACAGUAAGUCCGAGGAAAACGGAGCAUGGGAGGAUACGGCAGUGGCACAAUGGGCGAAGAGAUUUCAGGGAAUGGUUCUCGCACCUAUAGACCGUAAUCAGGGAGAUACCGCUGUCGUGUGUCCUGUGCUAUACAUGCACGCAUUCGGGAAGACUUUUGUCUGGAACCCAGACUACGAAGGAGUUGGAGGAGACGAGAAGGGACUUCUGACACAAGCCAGAAAAGACUACGAAAAGGCGGAGCUGAAUAAGGUAGCGGUGUGGAAGGUGGAUGGACGGAUAGGACGUGCAUACGUGAUCCCAAAAGACAAGGACUUGACGAGGUGGCGACCCAUUGCACCAGCGGGACAAGCGCAGAGGAGAGUAGUGAGGGCACUGCAUUACCUUAUGAAACAGUUCCCGGUGGAACAGUCCUAUCUGAAUUCGAUACAGGAGCUACCAGCGCGGCUGCAAAGGGCUACAAAAAAGUUGACAGAUGCGCAAUGUACAAGGAUGGAGGGAAGGUGCUAUGAUAUCAAGGACAUGUCCACUAGGAUUCCACACGAGGCGGUAUGGAAAGCGAUAUGGAGACUGCUGGUAUGGUAUGCGAACAGGGGAUGGAAGCAGGUGAGAGUCUCUAGAAGGGGGAAGCUAUGUACACUCAGCAAGACAGGCAAGUCCGCCGAUGGGUACGUGAGUAUAAAUUUUCAGCUCAUUUUCAGAUUGGUGAAUUACGAUCUGGAUCAUGCGUACAUCACGUGCGGAGAGGAGAUUAAGAGACAGGUGUCCGGGAUUCCGAUGGGAAAGUCUACCAGUCCAAUUCUGGCGGCCAUCACCUGUGCGAUGGCAGAGUACCAGUUCCUCACUGAACUGGGAGGAGAUCGUAAGGUUGUUGCAGGAUGGAGGAUCGUCGACGACAUUACAGUGAUUGUCGGACGAAGGAUGGAUGAAGAAAAAGAUAAGAAGCGAAGCCAGGAUAUUUUUCAGAAGCUGGAGUCGUGCUACGACAGGAAUCUGCAUCUGGUCCGGAAGGACGAAUCCCGGGACUGGUGGCAUUUCCUAGGAGGCACCAUGUAUGUGCUGGACGACCCGGUGAGACUACUGUACGUACCUGAGACCAAGAAUCAGUGUGCACUGAGGGAGGAGAACAGGCUGAAGUAUCAGACUAUGCAGGACUACAGCUCGUACUCUGAGAAAAGGACGAAGAGAACGGCCCUAAUAGCUACUUUGAAGAGGUUAUGGAGCUCCACGUCGAGUCAGGCACUGGUGGUAGGCUAUAUAGCCUAUGCUGUUUGGGAGGCAAACCUCCGGGGAUAUGCCCCGGAGGUCUCUCUUGGUGCCUUGGCCAGUUUGGUCAAGGCUGUGGAAGACCCAUGUCUGCGCUGUCUGUGGAUGGCAUUGAAACUGCUUCUACCUAAGGCGCAUGGUAACCGGGAGUACUGGGAGCUUCACGGUCGCUAUGUCUACACGGUGGUCUACAUGGAGGUCUACAUGGAGGUUUACAUGGAGGUCUACAUGGAGGUCUACUCGGUGGUCUACACUGUCUACACGAUCUACACGAGGAUGAUGACGAGUACGUGUACGACUACAGAGGAAAGGAAACGUGAUGAAGAACAGAGGAGGAUUCAAGAAGAGAACGAGAAAAGAAGAGAGCAUGACCUCAUCAGAAGAACAAAGGAGAUGCGGCUGAAACUGGAGGCACGGCUAGAAGAGAAAUGGCGGAUGCAAACACGACAAGCUGAGGAAGCCGUUGCGGCGGCAAAGGCGAAGGCCGAGGAGGCAAAGGCGAAAGCGGAAGAGGCGAAGGCUAAGGCGGAGGAGGCACGGGUCAGAGCUGAAGGGGCUAUUAUGAGGAGCGCUACCAAGAUGAGAACACCAGCCGGGUCAUCAAAGAAACGAACACGAACGCUAAUGUCGGGAUCGGGAUCUGGAACUGAGGAGGAAGAGACAAGAACGAUAGCGGAGGGAUCGAGAGUGAAGAUUGGCAGAAAAUCGAACGUGAGGUACCGCACAAAUAAGAAACGACCGCGGGUGAUCCUCUCAUCGACAGAGCCAGAGGAAGAGACUUCGGAUACUUCCGAUAGCGAAACCACUGAUUCUGAUGAAGAGUUUCGCAAGGUAAUCGAGAUGUUGAAGAUGAAAAAGAAGAGAAAGAAAGCAAGGAAGGAGAUGAAAGGGAAAGUGAAGAAGAAGAGGGAGGCUACACCGACGAGGAAGGGGACGACGACGGAAAGGGGAGAAUGAUCGAAGCCGAACCAACGGAACAGAUGUAAUUUUGAGA